AUGGCUGCAGCAGAUUCUCCAUACCAGUUAGGAUCUCAAGGUCAGAUACCCGGACUUUUCUGACAAGUAACCUGUGCCCCUGGCAAAGAAUUCUGGGAACAUUCUGUAGCACACACACGGUUCUUACUGAAUGUUGUUCCAUUGCUAAGUAUGUGAAUGGCCUUUAAAAAGUUAAUCUAAUGGGAGCUUUUCUUCCAAUGCAAAUAGCCCCUGUGGGGGACUGAUCUGGAUCAUAGCCUAAAAUCUCCCACCCACUCUGGAUUCUACUAUUGGAGAAUCCAAUAGUAGUUCUAGGGGUGUAGUUUGGGGAAUUAGUAACUAAUAAAAGUUGGGGUCUUCUUUUGUUCUGGGCUUCCAUCUUGUUUCACCUGGUGGCAGGUGGGAGUCAUGUCGCGACAGUCUUCAAUAAAGACCAAAGCUGCUGUUUUGCUCUGGUAUUCCUGGCUGGUGGCCUUGUUUUCUUGUCCAAGGGAGCCCUCGGAUUUCUCCGUUAACAGUUGAAACAAGACCCCCUUGGGGUGUUCACUGGCGGAGGAAGAGGGAUGUGGGGGGAGCACACCACCCCCGGCAGCGCGAUCCUGGUGGGGUGCCUUCGCAGCUGCCCCCCCUGCCCGCGCGGGGUGCCACGCCCCUACAGGCCAUGCCCCCAGGAUGUGCGCCAGCCCUGCCCUCGCCUGCUCUCCGCGCCCCCCCCCCCCCGGUGCCGGAGCAUGAAGCUCUGCCACUGGGGGUGUUGAUGCUGUGAACCCCUCUACUGCAGGCUCAAGUUGCAUGUAUGUAAAUAAAUAAACCAUAUAUCAUAAAAACACCACAGUCUCCACUGUGCCUCAUUUCCAAGAGGAAACAAACCCUGAGUGAGUGCUUGAAACAGAAACAGUGUGACCACCUUCCUUAGUGCCAACUAAAAGUGAAAACGCAGCAAAGCGAAUUGGCUUUCUCUAGAGUUUCGUAGAACUCUGCCCUCGGUUAGUCCUUGAACAAACAAAGGAUGCACAUGCAAAUAAAGUGAAAUGAAAAUGCAAAUGAAAUAAAAACAUGCUUGCGCGCCGCCCCGUCUCGCAGCGGCUCCGCGCUUUUGCUUUUGCUCUGGGCUGAAGUGCCGCUUCCAUCCGCCAGGGGCGCUCGCUCUCUCCGCGGCUCGGCUGCUGCCCGUCACCUCCCCUAAGUGCGCAGGCGCAGAGGCGCCGCCAUCUUGGCCUCUUUGUGGCGAGCGGCGGAGGACCUGGCGAAGCGGGAGCCGCUUGACGGGCCGAGGAAGCUCCUAUGCUGGCCAGGGGCUGAGGCAGAGGUACCCGGCGCAGGACAAUUUAGCAGGAUUUCAUUUUUUAAAAGAAUAAUUGGCAUGCGUGGGUGUGAGGGCAGGGGCGCCGGGGAGAGAAAAACGGGCGGGGGAGGCGGGGGAGGGAGGAGAGUGCGCAGGCGCGACGAGGCGGCGGGGAAAAUGGAGUGGGAAGCCGCAUGCGCAGUAGAGCUGCUUGGGUUGGUGGGCGGGAGCCAGGCGCGCGUGCGCAUUUGUGCUCCCUGCUAUGUUGGCGUCCGGUUUCAUGCAUAGAGUCGAGAAGGGCAGAGUCGUGAAACGACCCCUGAUUUCCGGGUGUAGUUUGGGCUGUUGGGGGGGAAACCGCGCAAGCGCUCUAGGAAUGCAACGGUGAUGCCUCCACAUCCAAGCCAGUGCUUGGGUUCGAUUCAUAGAAUUGUAGAGUUGGAAGCGGGACGGCGGCAAUUUAUUUUUAUUUUAUUUAUGUAUUCAUUACAUUUCUGUACCACCUUUAUAUUUUAAUAAAGCUAGAGCGGCCUGUGUUGCAGCCUCAGGUGUCCCUGUUUCAUCUGUAAGCCGCCUUGACUCCCUGUCAGGGACAUAGCCGGAUUACAAAUAAAUAAAUAAAAAUAAUAGUAAAUACCUAACUAUUGCCGUCAGCAACGUAAGGAUAGAAACAUAGAAUUUAGAGUGGGAUAACAGCUAUGGAAAUAAGUUGUCUUUUCUCUCGUGUAGCUGAGCUUGAAAUAGUGUGGACUGUGCUGACUGGGGCUGAUAAAGAAGCCACAGCCUAAAAUAUCUGGAGGGUACCACGUUGGGGGAGGCUGUGCUAAAUGUGAGAUAGCUCUGUCGGUAGAGCAUGAGACUCUUAACCUCAGGGCCAUGGGUCCCACAAUGAGCAAAAAUAUUCUGCAUUGCAGCGGGUUGGACUAGAUGACCCUCUUGGUCCCUUCCAGCUCUUUUAUUGUAGCAUUAUAUCUCAGUGUGGCCAGUGCUUUCAGAGUCCUGAGUUCCCUCUUGUUUUGUGUCAGCGGCUUCUAUUUGUGUCCUCCUAACAAAAGGAAAAUGUCAUUAUAGCUAACGGGGGACAUCUAGCCUCUGGUCUUGCCGCCUUGUGCUGCCUGGGGCUCCUGGGAGCUAUAGUUCAAGAAUACUGGAGGGCCACUUGGAGAAGGCUACUCUGGAGAAAGAAAGUUAGUCUAUGUCCUAGUGCUUUAAGUAUGUUUUUCAACCUCCCACAGUAGGGGCUGCACUACUCCACCCAGUUUUGCCAUGGGGGACGUGAAGAAUUUCCUGUAUGCUUGGUGCGGCAAGCGGAAGAUCACCCCAGCUUACGAAAUCCGUGCUGUGGGCAACAAAAACCGACAGAAGUUCAUGUGUGAGGUGAGAGCCUGUGUCUGAGGAGCUCAGAGCAGCUUUGCUUUGUCUUCAUGUGCUCAUGCAAGGGUGCUUGGAAAAGAAUAUUUCCUAAAGCUGGGAUGGGCAACAUGUUGCCUGGGCCAGUGACCUCUCUUGUCUAGCACCAGGCGCUUUUGGGUGCUCUCCAGAGACUGCAUUAAGCAGCCCAAGCCCACACCCUGCUUCGUCCGCCGAAACUGUCCUCCAUCCCCAUCGCCACUUGCCAACUGCAGCUGGACAUCCACACCCUGAUUUAGAUUGUACUUUUUAUGGCAAACAGGUAAUGGGAGUUGUUCAUUGUAAACGUAAGUUGCUGUAUGUUUUGCCAUUCAAUCCUCUCACUUGAAGAAGUCUCAAAGGCAGUAUGCCCAGUUGUUCUCUGCACUUUUUCGUUUUCCAACUUGAAGUCACUUGGAAAUGGUAUUUGCGAUGAGCUGGUGUGGUGUUGAGACUUCCCAUGUUUUUCCUUCCUGAGCCUGUGUAUCCACUCAUUGCAGGUUCGGGUGACAGGCUUCAACUAUACUGGCAUGGGCAACUCCACCAACAAGAAAGAUGCCCAGACCAACGCAGCAAGGGACUUCCUCAAUUACCUGGUUCGAGUGAAUGAAAUCAAAAGUGAAGAAAUCCCAGCUUUCGGAGUAAGUGUUUCUGUUCUGGGGGAUAUGUGAUGUGGUAUGUCAUGAUUUUAUAAUCAAGGUUAGGUUUACUGUCAAGGACCAGGAUAUGGUCUGAAAGCAUAUGAAGUGUUUCUAGGUCUGAUCAAGUGACUACCUGGAAACCAAAUGUAAGCUGCAUUUUUUCCAAAAAAUUGCUGCAAGGAAGGCCAUAUACUGAAUUCUCAAAAUACUUGUGCGAAGUUGCUAAUGUUUGUGAAACUUGCAUAGUUUAUUACUGUGGAUGAUAUUUGAAGAUUGUAUCCAGCUAUGUUUUACUCAGAGUAAAUCUAUUGAAAUGAAUGAACCUAAGUUAGUAAUGGCAACUGAUUUCAGUGAGUCUGCUCUGGGUCUGACUAACAUUGGAGGUUUUGUCUUUCCACCCACUUUCUAAGGGUUAGAAUCGUUCUUAAAAGAAAAGAAAGCUGAGGCACAUAGGAAUGCAGAGCCCGAUGUGUGGAGGACAUGUAAACGUACAAGCCUUUUAAAUUAAAAUAUUUCCCAUUGUUUUAUCACUUGUUGUUGCCUGGGGCUCCUUUGGAAAGGAUGGCAGAUUAAAAAAUAAAUUAAAAGUAAGUCCACCCCAGUUUUGCCCCUCUUUAAGUUGACUAUGAAAGGAAAAUACUUAGCAGAGUCUGGGUCACAUUUGGGGAUUGGGGACUCUGAGGAAAGCAACAUUGUAAUUCACAAAAUACUUGUUCUUGCUUAGGCGGGAGCUGUGGGUGCUGGUGAUGGAGAAGUGGCUGGAACAGAAGAAGGUGCAGAUGGGUUUACUACACCUUUGGGAGGGCCGAUUCCUCCUCAUCUGGCUCUCAAAACAGAAGUAGGUAAGGCACUGAACACCUGCGUCUUACAUGCCUUAUAUGUGUUACACUCUUGGUGCUUUAUAAAUCAAGAGGUUGGGAAGACAGAGGUGGUGAGACUCUGGGGAAUUCUAUUAAAAUGUACUCACAGCAUGUGUUUUACAGCUAUUAGGAAACACUUCGCUUUCUUCUCUUCCCUGAUAGAUGGUGUUCCUUCUUCUGGAGUUGGAAGCUCUGGCUAUGGGGUAACUCAGUGGGACCGCGGAGCUAAUCUGAAGGAUUACUAUUCCAGGAAGGAGGAGCAGGAGGCUCAGGCAGUAAGGGUUGUUUCUCUCUCCCCCCCGCCCCUUUAAGAUAAGUUCAGUACACAUUAUAGUUCCAGGUCGGUUGAUACAUAGAAGAUACUUCCAUAUGCUUGUUUGGUGGGGUGGAAUUUAUGUGAGAUUAUUCUGCAGGUAAAGCUCAAAUAUUUGAUAUUUUUAUCUUCUUGGUUAGCAUAUGAAGUAACUUUUGUUACUGUUACGCUUCCUUUAAUCUACGGCUAUAUUUGGGGGAUAGUGGAAUAAUUCUGGGCAUAUUACAAAAUAGAUUCUCAGGGGUUGCCUAUCAGAACAUGUGGAGUCUCCAAUACACAGUUCUAAUGGUUUAGUCAUAGUAUUAAAGUUGUUUAAUUUACUGUGGAAAUGCUUAUCUUAGCUUGCAGACAAGAUGAUCCAGAAAUCUUAAAGCCUGUUUCUUCUAAUACUGACAUGUAACAAAGUUAAGAGUGGCCCUUGUAAACUUUAAUUACAAGACAUUUGUUUCUUACCAUCAGACUUUGGAGUCAGAAGAAGUAGACUUAAAUGCUAGUCUUCAUGGGAAUUGGACCUUAGAAAAUGCCAAGGCACGCCUGAACCAGUUUUUCCAAAAAGAGAAGAUUCAAGGAGAAUAUAAAUACACCCAAGUGGGGCCUGAUCACAACAGGUUUGCUAGGUUUUCUCCUUUGUGUUGCUGAUAAUGUUGAAAUGCUUCUUGGCUGCUCUGCACUUUCAAAUAGGGAAUUUAGUUAACUUAAUGGAUACGCAAAUCAACUAUUUGUCGGUCUCUCUAAUCUAGCCACUGCCAGGAGCAUAGCCUCCGUAGAGCUGCAUUCCCUCUGCUGAGAACAUACAGUUUUGUGUUUUGGCAACUGCCCGCCCCAUUUCUCUCCUCCCUUUCAAGGAACUUGUACCAUUAUUUGACUUCAGCUUUCCAGAUAACAGCCAGUCUUCUGGCUACAGUGCUGCUUUUGAAGCUGAGCUUGGAAGAGGUCUGUAUUUUAGUGUCCUAUAUUUGCACUUAAAGAACAGAAACAGGCCUGGUGACACACUUCCAGGGCAAGGAGGCAAUUCCCCUGUGAUCCCUUCUGGCUGGCAAAACAACAGCAGGAAAUCUGGAGGGAGGACUUCUUGCAUCACUUCAACAGCUGUCUCUGAAAAUUCCAGAAGCCAGGAGCAGCUGAUACCGUCUGCUUGGUGAAGCCUAUGAGACACCAGGAGUAUCCUCUUUAAGGAAGGAAUUGGAAGAUAAAACUGUAGAGUGAAAGAUAUAUUUUUUUAAGGCCGUCCAAUUUUAGCUGUGUAAACUGCUUUGAGAAUAUUCCUUUUAUGUCAAGGGUGGGAAAGGGCACAUGCUGCAGUUAUAGCUAGUGCUCACGGCAACGAUACUUGCGGGUUUCUGGUGUCUCUUUCGAAAACACCACCAGGUGUGCAAGAAAAGGCAGUGCAAUAGGGGAGAACCAGGAGGUCAAGGACCUCUCUUGUUCUGGCUCCAAUGAUCCAUAGUUGGUUGGGCUGAAUAUGUUCCAUCUGAACUGGGCCAUUGUGUAAUCAGAAUCAGAUUUAAUUUCUGGCUUUAAGUGUACUUUGUGACAUUACUUUUUUCUUCCAGCUUCCAGUGGAGAUAAUUGCUUUGAGUACGCAAAACAUUGUCAGGGUUGCCAUCUUUUUACUGGCCCUACUCCUGGGUGUUAAAUCAGCAGCCUGGCGUGCAGUAAUCACUUUGGUAAAGCUUCACUAUCCCAGGAAAAAACUUUGCCUGCUUAAUUUCUGCAUGACAGACUAGAAUACAAAAGAGUGGUACUGGUAAAAAGGUGGCAGCCCUAAUUUUGAAUGCUUUGGAAGGUGUUAAUUACAGAAUAUUUUUCCACCCAACUGUUGUGGAAGUUGUACUUCUCUGGAAUGUGACUUCCAGUCUGUUUGCUUGAUGAAGAUGGGAGCAGUGAGUGACAGUACGUUUCUCAGCCUGCUUGCUAUUUUCCAGAGAGCAUUCCAGGGUGUAGAACUUGUUACUCCCAGGAAGGCUCGGAUGGAUCACUUGUGUCUGCAGGGAAGCAAAAAGAUGUUUUCGAAAACAUGCUGUGAUAUAUCCAAUGGUUUAGAUUUAUCUAAAACUUAAACUUGCUCAGUAGUGAGAAGGUGGGGGAUGCAUAGUUUGUGUAGCCUGUGCAGUGCAGUGUUUCCCAAACGGGUCUCCACCUGUUUUUGGGCUACAACUCCUAUAAUCCCUAGCUAGCAAGACCAGUGGUCAGGGAUGGUGGGAAUUGUAGUCUAACAACAGCUGGAGACCCAAGUUUGGGAAACACUGUUCUAGUGGAUGACUGCAGUUACGCAAACAAAAAUUCUGAGAAAGCAUGGUUUGGUUGUAUUGGUAAGUUUUGAUGUUUCCUUUUUAGUGUUACAAAAACUUCUGCUUCCAGUUCUAGAAUAACUAGAGGUCACCAUUAUAUCAAAUUCUGCUGUCCCAUCUUUUAAAGUGCCAGCUGCCUGGUUCCAUCCUGAUUUGAGUAAAGCCCAUCCCUUUGCGCAGACCUAACUUGUCCCAAAUCGAAAAGCCCUCCUCCCAACACCAGUUUUGUUUUAAACUCAUCUAACACGGAACUCUGAUUGACUUGAAACUGGAAGCAGAUUCCCAAACCAACCUAUUUUAAAGUUUUAAGAAAAAAAGCUUAGCUACUGGAAACAGUUCAUACUAUUUUUUGCUCUUCUAAAGGAGCUGUGCACAUAUUUCUAUCCCAUUUUUAUAAAUAUAAAUAUGCUUCCUUUGGGUAGUCUCAUAAAAAAGCUAAUUGCAACUUUGAAACUGGCCAUUUGGGCUAAUACCGUGUCUGUUCAUUAUGUAACUGAUUCAUUUUGUGAAAAUUAAGAAGUGGAUAGUUUCCCAUGGACAAAUACAGCAGGGAAUUUUUUUUAAAAUUCCACAUCAUAGAUGAGAGUUGGUACCAUGUCUUCCUGGCAUUUCAUUUGUGAUUGGAUGUUUCUUUCCAGAAACUAGUUUGGGAGUAUAUAAUUCUAAACACAAGCAUGCUUUCCUUGCGCACAAACAGGGUGCUCUGUCAGAUGGCAGGGUGGGAAGAUGACUCCAUAGCAGCAUUGCAGGUUAAGCUCCAGGCCGAAAGGGGUGGCCAACUGCAACACCAGAGAUUUUUGCUCAUUCACACAUGUGCUGCUGCUUAGGCUGUACUAAGCAAUCACAUGGGGAUCUAUUGUAAAUUGAUUUCUGGUGUUGCUGUUCCCCCCCAGGUGGAGGAGAAUGAAUUGAGUGCUGGAUAUAAGCCUGGCUGAGAAACAUACUGGCAUCGGUGUCAUUAAUGAAAGGGUGGCUGUUGUGUCCCUGAGAGCCAGUGGCCUUUUGACUCAUGAAGCCGCUGUGCCUGAAGGUCAGUUCACUGGGGGUUUAGGAAGAGGCCUCUGAGCGUAAUAUAACUUCUCUUGUUUGCAGUGAGAUAUCAAAACCUUGAACUAGUUGCAGGUGCAAUGUGAUCUUCUUGCAACACAGCAGAAAUGCUGGGGGCAAUUCCACCUAUUAAAGUAUAAGGAGACCUCAACAAAUUUUAAAACCCAGUUUGAGUUAAUUACCAUUCCCAAGCAAUUUAUUUAAAACCUGACAGUUCUUACACAUGUUUACUCAAAAAUGCAUCCCACUCAGUUAAAUGAGUAACUUUCUGAGGACUGUCACCCAAACUUCAUUGGUAAUAGGUGUAUGCGUUGUAACAUAAACAUAUUUAGGACUAUAGCCUUGUCCAUUCGUACCUUAAAUGACCAAGGUAUUUGUGGAAACUAAACCAACUGAUCGCAUUCUAAAGCAGGUAAAAAUAAGAGCCACGUGAAGCUGUGUAUUUAUCUUGCUACCUUAGAUGGGUAGUUCCAACCUCAGCCAUAUUUUUCCUAGAUAGCUUGUUGAGGGAAGUGCUACCUUUACUGUUGCCUAUUUUGCCAGAUUAGUCAUAUUUUGGCUCCUUUUUGGGCAAAAGCCUGCAGUUGCAGAUGUGAGGCUGAGAUAGACAAAAUCCUAAAUGGAGUUUUUAAAAUCUGGUUCUUUUUGGGUUUUGUACAGUGUGCUUCUAUUCUGCAAUUAAAUCCUGUAAUUUUUUUAGUCUAAUUAAUUUUUUCUUCUCAAUGGAUUCAUAUUAAUUUGGAAGCUUAUUAUUUGCCCAUUCUUUUUUAACCAGCAAGACGUACAGAUUAUAAAUUAUUCUCUUAAGAACACCUUAACCUUUAAAACAUUGUAAAAACAUAUGUGCUUGGAAAGAGCUGCUCAUUUUACAGUUACUUUACAGCGAAGUCAUUAAUUUUUUUUAAAGUGCUAAUCAUGUGGAGUUAACAGUGAAAGUUUGAAUUUUAUUGGGCUUUGCUUAAUGGAAAAGGCCUGGCUAUGUUGGAGGUGCCUAGUUUGAUCUCCCUCAAAAACUAAAGCCCUAAUACUCUGCUUUCUGUAUGUGUUGCAGGAGCUUUAUUGCAGAAAUGACCAUUUAUGUCAAAAAGCCGGCUAGAAGUAAGUGUCUUAUUGGGAGUGAAUUUAGUGUUGUAUUUUGUGCAAUCCCUAUUGGAAGUUUUUUUUAAUAUACUGUUGGUUUUGGUGGUGUUAGUGAGUCUCAACUCUUUCAGGCACUUGCAGUUGAAAUCAGUAUGUGAAGUACAGUUCCCUUCCUAGUGGGGUGGGAGAGCUGAAAAUAAUGCCAAUAUAUUUCACAUCUGGCAACCAGUGCACCCCUUUGGUGUCAGAUAGUACAUGGGUAAAGGUAAAGGGACCCCUGACCAUUAGGUCCAGUCGUGACUGACUCUGGGGUUGCGGCGCUCAUCUCGCUUUAUUGGCUGAGGGAGCCAGCGUACAGCUUCUGGGUCAUGUGGCCAGCAGGACUAAGCCGCUUCUGGCGAACCAGAGCAGCGCACGGAAAUGCUGUUUACCUUCCCGCCGGAGCGGUACCUAUUUAUCUACUUGCACUUUGAUGUGCUUUCAAACUGCUAGGGUGGCAGGAGCUGGGACCGAGCAACAGGAGCUCACCCCGUCACGGGCAUUCGAACCGCCGACCUAGGCUCUGUGGUUUAACCCACAGCGCCACCCGCGUCCCACAGUACAUGGGUAGAUGAGUCUAAAAAGCCCAGGACACGGCCCUUUAGCAGCUAUGAUGGCUCAUUUACCAGAAGUAAUGUAUUUAGCAUUAGCUCUGGAAGUGUAUACUCAAUUCUGACCAAACUAAGCCUCCUGGUGUAUAUUUUUCUCUAGGAGACAUGUUGUAGCCUAUAGCCCAAACUACUCUGGGUCCCCUUGAUUCCAUGCCCACACAUGCCAGCCCUCUUAUUACAUGUUAGCCAACAAGGCACACAACUAGAGAACCAAGACCCUGCGGGGGGUUGGAUCAGAUGAGCCUUGUGGUCCCUUCCAAUGUCCUAUGAUUCUUUGUGUUCCCUGAUGGUAAUUAAGUACCAAAGCAAUUUGAUUACUUGCACUGAUAAAAUUUCACGGCUUCCGCUUGUGAUCUUUGAGAAGUUUCAUUGUUGUUGUUUAGUGACUUCUGGUUGGGAGAUGGCGCUGUGAAACACAUCUCUAUUUUCUCUUUGGACUAAUAAAAUUUCAAACUAUGGCAAUAUUGGACUGCUCUAUUUCAGGAAUCUAUGCUCGUGAGCAUGGCUCAAACAAAAAGCUGGCUGCCCAGUCCUGUGCUCUGUCUUUGGUUAGGCAGCUCUAUCACUUGAACAUCAUUGAGCCUUACUCUGGACAGACCAAGAAGAAGGAAGGCGAAUCAGUGAGUCCUGUUGCAAAUGUCCUAUGCUGUUGUGUGUGCGUGUGUUUGUGCACGUGCACAAAUGCAUUCCUCAGACUUGUAAAAGAUUUCAUUCUGUUGAAUAGUCACCAGGCUAGAGUGUCUUUUUGUAGCACUGUGGAGCCUUUCUGUAUCGACUGGCUUUCUUGAUUUGAUAAUGGCUGGUUUUGGAUACUUGCUCUGUUUUAAAUUUUUUCCCCUUUUUGAUGAGGCAGAAGACUAAAACAUCCCUCCCAAAGUUAAGCACUUUUAAGUACAGUUGCUAUGUUUUGGUUUUUAGAUACGACACAUAUACAGUGGUGCCUCGCAAGACGAAAUUAAUUCGUUCCGCGAAUUUUUUCGUCUAGCGAAUUUUUCGUCUUGCGAAGCACGAAAUCCCAUAGGAAUGCAUUGAAAAUCAAUUAAUGCAUUCCUAUGGUCAAAAAAAGUCUAAACAAAGCCAAAUUUGGUACAACACGAGUUUAUUAAGUGCUCUUUAAAGUCACACAUACUGUAAAGAGCAUUUCAAAAUUCAAACCCAGAAUUUUUUUUAAAAAACAGCAGAGUUGCCCAAUGGUCACAGAAAAUCAUAAAAAUGCAGAAAAAAACCCACAAGCUUCCAGAUUCUUGCAAACCCCUCCCCAACUGUUCCCCAGCCACCCAGCACACAGAAAUUCAAAUCCAGAAUUUUUUAAAAAACAGCAGAGUGGCCCAAUGGUCACAGAAAAUCAUAAAAAUGCAGAAAAAAACCACACAAGCUUCCAGAUUCUUGCAAACCCCUCCCAACACCAAGACCUUGAAAACCAAACACCCCAACCCAAAAACCAAACCCCCAAAAAGUUUUAAAAGCUUAACUUACCAAAUGGCUGCAAAAGAAGUUUUGGAAAAGCUUCAAAAUCACCAAAGUCUUUAAAACCUCAAAAAGGCUACUAUGUACACUGCAUGUUCUAUGAGUUGCUCCUCAAAGUCAAGUCGCAACUGUAUUAACGGUGUUAAGAAAAGGAAACAAACUUUGCAAGACGUUUCGCCUUGCGAAGCAAGCCCAUAGGGAAAUUCGUCUUGCGAAGCAGCUCAAAAAACGGAAAACCCUUUCGUCUAGCGAGUUUUCCGUCUUGCGAGGCAUUCAUCUUGCGGGGCACCACUGUAUUUACUUUUAAAAAGAAAGAAGAAGUUUUCGUGGUUUAAUGUGAUCUAUUUCCUAUUUGUGUUCUGAGCCAAGAAUAUUAUGACUUCCUUUUCUGUAAGCAAGUGUACUGUGCAAGUACAUCUUUCAAGGGAGUGGUUUCUUUAUUGGAUCUGAGAACAUCUUUACGCAUGUCAAUUUCAUAGGUGGAGCCUUACGAAGUCAACAUCUCUUCAGAUUUAGAAUAUCACUUGCAAGGCAUCGUUGAGGAGAUGUGUCUUGAAACUGUUCCACCGGUGAGUGUGUGGUCAAGAACAGCUUUCUUUUCACUUUCUCAGUCAGAUGGGAUUCUGCCUAUUUUCACUAAGCACUGUGUUAUUUUUCUAACUAACUUGGCAGCCCGAAGAUCCCAACUUCCCUGCUAUUCUCAACAUUGGAAAGUUGGCCCACUUUGAACCAUCCCAGAAACAGAAUCAGACAGGGGUUGUGCCCUGGUCCCCCCCUCAGUCAAACUGGAAUCCGUGGACUAGCUGCAAUAUUGAUGAGGGUCCUCUGGCAUACGUAAGCCUACAGUUCAUAUAUUUUAUUGUGAUUCCUGGCAUGACUCAUUUUUACUUUUUACAGAAAUUUGUUUGCUGUUUACUUAGUUGGCUUUGUUGUACCUAUUUUAAAGCAGUAUGUAUCUUCAAAUCUUGUGAUCUUUUCUCAGGCUACACCAGAACAGAUAAGCAUUGACCUAAAAAGCAACCUCGUGUAUCAGCUGGAAAAUGAUCAGGAACUGCAAAAAGUAAGUCAGCUGACAUUUAGUGAUCUUGAGCCUUGUGAUAGGUUUUCACAGGUUAGAGAAAAUUGCAAGGAUAUAUUUUUGGGAGUGCUUGCUUUACAUUACCACAGAUAUUAGCCAAAAUGUCUUAUAGACUUGGGUUAGUUUGGGGUAUAAAGCCAAACUCUACAUACAUGGAGCACAACUCCCAAGAUACAUGCUAUCUUACUUCCACAUACCUUGUCCCUGUCUGUCAUUUCCCAGUGGCUCUUCUCCAUCUGCUAGGGGGCAGGUUCUUUGGAGUAAGAUUUGGCCAGGUAUUGUGCCUGAUCACUUCUACUUCCUCCUUUGUCCUAGUCUGCCAGAGAAGGUUGUAGGUCUUUGAACUGGCAGAAGCAUAUUCACCAGUAUGAUGCGCAUAUGUACACACACACACACACACACUUGAAAAGAUCUUUGUGUUGUAUAUAAUGGGGAAGAAACCAAAGGGUAUACUUAGAUCUCCAAACUUUCAAAGUGUGCAGAAGUUGGGGUGAGGAAGACAGUGGUUUAUUUGCUAAUACAUAGCCAGGAAACUGCCAAUUGCCAGGUUAUUUGCUGAAUAUUAAUCACAAACUGCUCUCUGUCCCAGAUUCUUCAAGAGAGGGAAACCCUGCCUGUGAAAAAGUUUGAGCGAGAGAUUCUGGAUGCCAUCCACCAAAAUUCUGUUGUCAUCAUCCGUGGGGCAACAGGCUGUGGCAAAACCACACAAGUUCCACAGUACAUCCUGGAUGAAUUUAUUCACAGUGGAAGAGCUGCUGAGUGUAAUGUGGUUGUGACUCAGGUGAAGAGCCUGUUCAGAGCAGUCCUUAAGAUUGGUGAAGUAUUUGGGAAUAAUACCCAUCAGAAUUAGUUGCCACGAAAUUUAGUAAACCAAGCCGUAAUAUAUCCUUAGUGCUCCCAUUUGUCAUCUUGUGGAUGCAAUGCAUACUUCUCAACCAUCCCUGUGAGAUUAAUUUGCUAAUUGUCCAUCACUGUGCUGUAGUUAACUUGAAAAUGACUGAGUAAUGUAUCUUUUAAAAAAAAAAAAAUUAUUUAUAAAUUUUUUCAAAUAUAACAAUAAAGGAAAAACAUUCCAUCCAAAAUUUACAUCCAGUUCUAAUCUUUGCACUUUCAGACUUCCCUCAGUCUAUCUGGAAAUUUUCCGUAUUAUCACAAUUAUUCACAUUUCUUCCAUCUAUAUUGUUUGGGUUUUUUUAACCAUAUUAAUCUUAACAAUUAUUAUAAAACAAUAUUUCUUUCCAUUAUUAUCACAGAGCUUCUUGAAAACCUACAAACGUUAAUUGUUCUUCGCAUAUAUUUUCAAUAUACUCUGUAAAUUUAUUCCAGUCCUCGGUAAAUCUUUGGUCUCGCUGGUUCCGAAUUCUCCCCGUUAGUUUAUCUAAUUCUGCGUACUCCAUCAACUUCAUUCUCCAUUCUUCUUUCAUCGGGAUUUCUUCCUGUUUCCAUUUUUGUGCCACCAGGAUUCUUGCCGCUGUUACUGCAUAUAAAAACAACUUCUCAUCCUUCUUUUUUAUAUCAUUUCUUAGUAUUCCUAACAGAAAGGCUUCUGGUUUCUUAACAAAAGUAUAUUUCAACAUUUUUUUCAACUCAUUGUAAAUCAUUUCCCAGAAAUCUUUCAUUUUUUUACAUUCCCACCACAUAUGAUAAAAUGUUCCUUCUUUCUCCUGACAUUUCCAACAUUUAUUACUAACUUUAUACAUCUUUCCAAGUUUUACUGGUGUUACAUACCAUCUAUAUAACAUUUUCAUAACAUUUUCUUUUAUUGUAGUACAUGCAGUAAAUUUCAUUCCUUCUUUCCACAGUCUUAUCCAGUCAUCAAAUUGAAUAUUAUAACCAAAAACUUUGGCCCAUUGAAUCAUUGCAACUUUAACCUCUUCAUCCUUAGUAUGCCACUCAAGUAAUAAUUUAUACAUUUUAGAUAGAAUUUUAACAUCAUUAUUCAAAAUUUCUUUUUGAAAUCUAGAUUUUUCUUCUUGAAAACCUCUUUCCAGCAUCUCUUUUUUAAACAUCGCAUUCAAUUGGAAGUAAUGUAAACAAUCAUACACAUAUUCUUUAACUUCUUCGUAUGGUUUCAAUUUCCAUUUAUUUCCUUCUUUUAUAAUUAAAUUCUCAUAUGUAAUCCAACUCCCGGUCAUAUUGAUCUUCUUAACACUCAUUACCUCCAAUGGCGACAGCCAGAAUGGAGUUUUAAACUCUAAUAUAUUUUUGUACCUAUUCCACACUUCAAUCAGCAGACCUCGGAAUAUGUGAUUUUCAAAACCUUUAUGCACUCUUUUUUUCUCAUACCAUAAAUAUGCGUGCCAACCAAAUCUAUUAUCAUAACCUUCUAAGUCCAAAAGUUCUGAAUUUUCUAACUUUAUCCAUUCUUUCACCCAGCAAAGACAUGCAGCCUCAAAAUAUAACUUUAAGUCUGGCAGGGCAAAGCCUCCUCUAUCUUUUGCAUCUGUUAAAAUCUUAAAUUCUAUUCUGAGCUUCUUGCCCUGCCAGAUAUAUCUUAAUAAUACUCUUUGCCACUCUUUAAAUAUCGUCACACCUUUAAUUAUUGGUAUUGAUUGAAAUAAAAACAACAUUUUUGGUAGCACAUUCAUUUUUAUCGUUGCAGUUCUUCCCCAAAAUGAUAACUUCAUUCUCCCCCACACUUCCAGGUCCUUCCUAAUCUUAUUCCAUAUCGGUACAUAAUUAUUUUGAAAAAGAUCAAUACUCUUGGGAGUUAAUAUAAUCCCAAGAUAUUUAACUUUCUUAACCACUUCCAUCUCUGUUUGUUGCUGACUUCUUUCUAAUAUCACUUGGUCCAUAUUUUUAACCAUUAUUUUCGUUUUGUUCUUAUUUAAUUUGAAACCGGCAACUUGUCCAAAUUGCUCUAUCUCUUCUAAGACUUCCUUAACACUUUUAAUAGGGUCUUCUAUUGUUAUAACCAAAUCAUCAGCGAAGGCUUUUACCUUGUAUUCCUUCCUAUUAAUGUAUCCUAAUAGGAAAAGGGUACAGACAGUGACAUCAUCUCAGCUCAGUUUACAAAAACUGUCUUUGUCAAUUGAGACUGCAUUUUCCUCCUCAAGUUUUCCAGUAUGAAAAUGUACAUGUUGGAAUUUGUAUUUAAUUUAUUUAAAGCAUUUUUGCCCUGCUCAACAACUGAAAAGACAAUCGUUUAUUUUCAGUUUUAUGUUUAUCAGAGGACUGAGGUUUUUUGGAUAAAGGUUUUUUUGGAUCAGAGUUGUCUUGGCCCUGACUCUUUCAGGUUUUGAAAUGCUAGCAUUAAUUUUUGGCUUUCUUCCUGCCCAGAUGUGGGUGGGUGGAGAGAUUGCAGAUCACUGAAUCCCCAGCAUCCAAUGUUUGGGUACCUUGGUAUCAUGACACCUGUGAUGUUUCCACCUUUUCAUAGAUGCUGUUUGAAUGUAUUGUUUCCAGUUCUAUGAUUUUCAUUCAUGAGUUUGUUGCAGGGAAUUGGUGUUGAUGAGUUGGUGCAGAUUUCAUAUUUUGAAUUGAAAGAUAUUUCUUUUAAUUCUAUAGCCCAGGAGGAUCAGUGCUGUUUCUGUGGCAGAACGAGUCUCCUACGAGAGAGGAGAAGAACCUGGGAAUAGCUGUGGUUAUAGUGUCCGCUUUGAAUCGGUGCUUCCCCGACCCCAUGCCAGCAUGAUGUUCUGCACUGUAGGUGUGUGCUGCUUUCCAUUCUCUCAUUUCCAGGCUAGGAUAGUGAGGUGAUAUAGAAAAUCUGGAGCUAAGCAGAGUUGGAGAACCUCAUCUCACAGUGGUUUUAGUCAUAGCGAACAUGAAAAUGAUUGAAAUCUUAGAAACUUACUUCAUGCAGCCUCUGUCUAGAAGCUUUGCGCUAGAAUGAAAAUGGCGCCAUUUCCUCCUCAUGAGAGAGGUAGCUGUCAAACCCAUAGUAGUAAUUGGAAAGGAGCUGUAGAAAGGGCUUAGAUGUGUGUUUGUACUGAGGGGUUGGAGGUGUUUUUUUAUUUUGUUUUUUGUAGAGGGGGGGCUGGGAUUUCCCCCCCUACCCAUUUCUGACCUUCACCUGAUACCUAUCUUCAUUGACAUGAAUUUCUUUUUUCUCCUUCAAGGUGUCCUCUUGAGAAAGCUGGAAGCUGGCAUCCGUGGAAUCAGUCAUGUUAUUGUGGAUGAAAUCCAUGAGAGAGACAUUAAUGUAAGCUUUGAACUCUACCCAAACAGCUUGUUUGCCACCUAGCUCCCUUAACAUUUUGUAAGCAUGCCUAUUGUUGUGAAAGGGAGUAGGUGCUUCUGUUAGGUUCUGCUGACACUAUGUAUCUGCACCAUUAAAACAAAGUUGUCCUAAGCUUACAAAGUGGUGGUUCUCUUGUUCACCUCUAGCCCCUGCUAGAGAUCUACAUGCUAGUACCUAGAGCUAUCCUUUAGGCAAAUCGGGUAGAUAGAAAAUAACUCUACAAAAUAAUCCAUUGGUCCUGUAACUUUGAGCAAAUGUGAAAGGUGCACUCCGAAGCACCCCAGCAUUCAUCAGAUGGUGGGAACUAGAAUGGGGCAUUGUUACUACUUUAUAUUGGGGGUUUAGAUUGCAGUGGACUUUAGUUGUCACAUCGUUGCUAAGAGACUGAGCUAUGAAUUGAGAAGCCUGCAGUAUGAAUGCCCUCUCUGCCAUGAAUUCACUAGGAAUCCUUGUGCAAGCCACCUUUCCUCAACCACCCAUCUGCACUAUCUGCCCCUCCUUUUCUUAAUUCUGCCUUCUGUCUUGUGGUGUUUUUGGUAAUAGCUUUAAUGAUGGAAUCACUGUUUUUAUUUUUUCUAUUUCUAUAUUUUGCUAGCCACUUUGAAGGGGAAAAGCAAGAUAUAUAUAUUUUUUUGAUAUGGAUAAAUAAAUAAAUAAAUAAAUAUGGGGAUAACAACCCUUGUGUAGCUGCAGAACCUGUGGCCCUGCAGAUGUUGCUGAACUGCACCCCCUCCAUCAUUCCUGACCAGUAGCCGUGCUGACUGAGGUGGAUGGGAGAUGGAGCCCAAUGGCAUCGCAAGGACCACAGGUUCCCCACCCCUGUUCUAAGGCUACACGGUAGUGAUGUGAAGUGUUUUGAACAAUAUAAAUGCUAAGUACCUCAACUGGCGAUCCCUUGAUACGAUAACAUGAUACGUAAUAAGCAGUCAAAUUCAUAGGCGCCUUAAAUUUGAUUCAGAGUUCAGGUGUGUUUGUUUUCUUUUUUAAGGGUUGUUUUUUCUCUCCACAGACUGACUUCCUAUUGGUGGUUCUGCGGGACGUCAUUCAGACCUACCCUGAAAUCAGAGUGAUCCUCAUGUCUGCCACCAUUGAUACCACCAUGUUCUGUGAAUACUUCUUUAAUUGCCCCAUCAUUGAGGUCUUUGGCAGAACCUACCCUGUUCAAGGUGAAUGGCUGCCCAAAGGAAUAUUAGAAAAGCUGGAAUAAAGGACGUUGUCAUUUGGUGUCAUGGGGAUAUCCUUACAGUGUCAGAACACUGGCAUGAAUUGCAGAGCUGACACAAUUGAAUUGCUAAUGCCAGAAAUAAGAUUGUUUCUAGUACAGACACAGUUACCAGGUUAUAUAUUUUUAAUGCUUACAGAACUUUUAUCUGUAUUGUACCUUUUACCUGGGGAGAUAAAAGCAACAGUAAUUUGGACAUUUUACUGUUUUUCUGCCAAUAUUUGGUUGGGCAGGAUAGAGGUGAGCCUUCAUCUUCAGAAUCUUUUGGGUCAUCCCGCUGGAGGUCCCUGCAGAAUCCUAAUAAUAAUAAGAAAUAAUAAUAAUUUAUUACUUAUAUCCCACCCAUCUGACCGAGUCUCCCCAGCCACUCUGGGCAGCUUCCAACAGAAUAUAAAAAACACAAUAAAACAUCAAACUUUAAAAACUUCCCUAAACAGGGCUGCCUUCAGAUGUUUUCUAAAAGUCAGGUAGUUGUCUAUUUUGUUGACAUCUGGUGGGAGGGCGUUUCACAGGGCGGGUGCCACUCCCAAGAAGCCCCUGUGUCUGGUUCCCUGUAACCCCACUUCUUGCAGUGGGGGAACCGCCAGAAGGCCCUUAGUGCUGGACUACUAAUGAAUAGUUAGUUGAUAAGAUAAUCCCUACAAUAAAUGCUCUCUCUGUUUUAGAGUAUUUUCUGGAAGACUGCAUUCAGAUGACUAAAUUCAUUCCUCCGCCAAAGGACAAAAAGAAGAAGGAUAAAGAUGAAGAUGCUGGUGAAGAUGACGAUGUGUGUUGGGGUUUUUUUACAUGUACAAUUUCUGCAGCACUCAUAAGAACAGUAAUGAUAAUGCAUGCGUAAAGGUAACGGGACCCCUGACCAUUAGGUCCAGUCGUGACCGACUCUGGGGUUGCGGCGCUCAUCUCGCUUUAUUGGCCGAGGGAGCCGGCGUACAGCUUCCGGGCCAUGUGGCCAGUAUGACUAAGUUGCUUCUGGCAAACCAGAGCAGCGCACGGAAACGCCGUUUACCUUCCUGCCGGAGCGGUACCUAUUUAUCUACUUGCACUUUGAUGUGCUUUCGAACUGCUAGGUUGGCAGGAGCAGGGACCGAGCAACGGGAGCUCACCCCGUCGCGGGGAUUUGAACCGCCGACCUUCUGAUCGGCAAGUCCUAGGCUCUGUGGUUUAACCCACAGCGCCACCUGCGUCCCUCAAUGCAUGCAUACAUAUAACUUAAACAUACAGAAGAACUUUCUGACAGUAAGAGCUGUUCAACAGUGGAACAGUCUCCCUCGGAAGGUUGUGGACUCUCCUUAUUUGGAGGUAUUUAAUCAGAAGUUAGAUGGCCAUCUGUCAGGGAUGCUUUAGCUGAGAUUCCUGUGUCGUAAGCAGUUGGAGUAGUUGAACCUCAGGGUCCCUUCCAACUCUACAAUUCUAUUAUUCUAUGGGAGGGAAUUGAGCAGGUUGCAAUAUUUUUACCUCUUUAUACUACUUUGAACUUUGGCUUAUUCUACUUUGUAUAAGAAGCAAGAUUAAAUUAUACAAAAGCCCUGUACAAUAAACCAAGACUGCACUUCACUUAGGAGUCAAGAUAUUUUGCAACCAAAUACAUCAGGCCUUACAGAGGCAUUACUGCAGUGUACUAGAAGGUUCACACUAGGAAAUGAGUAAGGUGGUUUAAUAUUCAUGAUAGGUUGGUAUUCCCUCUGCUUCAAUUUAGAAACCAAAACUUUUUUUAUGUCUCUCAUGUGUUCCUGAGGGUUGCUGACUUUUAGCUGCUGUUUCUUUGGUUUACCGUAUUUUUCGCCCUAUAGGAUGCACUUUUCCCCCUCCCAAAAUGAAGGGGAAAUGUGGGUGCAUCCUAUGGGGCGAAUGCAGCGCGCCUUCCCGCUAUCCCCCGACCUGGUUUGAAGGCUGGCAGCGGGGAGAAGCGUGCUUCUCCCUGCCGCCAGCCCCACAAGCUCGGGACAGCGGGGAGGUGCAGUGCGCCCAGGCUUAGCUUCACGCAGCUCUUCACAAGCUUGGGAGCCCGGCGCCGGGCUCCCACGGCUUGCGGAGAGCUGCCUGUUCUGGGGGCUGAGGUCGGGGGAAGCUCGGGCUCCCCCCGCCCCAGCCCCGCGCCUCAGGGGGGAAAUGUUUUUUUUCCCUUUAUUCCCCCCCCCCAAAAAAUUAGGUGUGUCCUAUAGGGCAAAAAAUAUGGUACUUUCUGGUAUGAGUGGCUAUAUUACUGAAUUUUUGGUUUCUGUAUCCUAUAUCUGUUGCAUUAAUCAGCAUUUUGUGAUUUCAUGAAAGCUGUCCUGGGCAUCAAACAGUAGAAAGACUGGUCAUAAAUGUCUAAAUAAAUAGCUGGUAAAUGAAAACCUUACACCUUCAACCCCUCUUAUUAGAACUUGCUUGACAAUUCCAAGUUAAGAGUCCUCAUCUCUUAUUGGGGGAAAAGUUACAAUUUUGGCAGCAGAUUUCUUUGAAAGUAGGGCCAGAAUAAGUUCCGGUUUAUUGAGCAGUGAGAACUGAACCAGCAAAUGCAGUCCUUUCUAUUCUGGGCAUUCAUGUCUUUAUGAGCUGUUGGUAGGGGAAGUGUUCUCAAAGUGCUGUUUUCUCCUCUCUUGUAGGCCAAUUGCAACCUUAUCUGUGGUGAUGAAUAUGGCCCAGAAACGAAGCGCCGCAUGGCCCAGCUGAAUGAGAAGGAGACCCCCUUUGAGCUCAUUGAGGCCUUGCUGAAGUAUAUCGAGACCCUGAAUGCGCCAGGAGCAGUCCUUGUUUUCUUGCCUGGCUGGAAUCUGAUCUACACCAUGCAGAAAUACCUGGAAAUGAAUCCACACUUUGGUACAAGCACUUUUCAGCUUUCCUCCUGCCUUUGUUGCUUCUUAUCUGAUGUGUUCAUGAAGGUGAAAGAAAUCUCGGUCUCCCUUAUGUGAAAGGAGUGAGUGCUUGAAAGAGAGUGAAUGGUAGUAUUUAAAAAUAGUGGGGGGUGAGAGGGAUGUUCAGUUGUGCGUAUGGAGUUUUAAAACAUUUGCUUUCACAUGCUCUUAUUAUAGGAAGCCAGAGGUACAGAAUACUUCCCCUGCAUUCCCAGAUUCCCCGAGAGGAGCAACGCAAAGUAUUUGACCCAGUGCCGCCUGCAAUGACCAAAGUGAGCCUUCCUUUUGUACUCUAGGCAAGGAGUGUAGUAGGUAGUCCCAGGUAAUAUUGUAUUCAGAAUAGAUUUAUGUUUGUUUUUCUAGGUAAUUUUAUCUACCAACAUUGCAGAGACGAGUAUUACCAUUAAUGAUGUCGUCUAUGUUAUUGACUCUUGCAAGUGAGUUUUUGUUCCUCUUGUUUCUUUGGUUUGAUCUGCAAAAUGGGUUUUAUGUUGUCCCGCCUGCCAGAAAGCUUAAGAUUAAGCAUGCAGAACCUUUUUCAUCUGUUACAGUUAGGAACCACCAAGCUAAAGUACACAGCCAGGGGCUUGGUGGAAAUCUGUAUUUCCUGACAGGCCAGAUGGAUGCUUAAACAGACACCUUAGGGCAGGUGUGUGUAGGAUGCUUUCUUUGCCAUGUGGAUGUAAUGGGGCAGCAGCGACUGGGGAAAAUGCUUAAAAUUUGGAGCUUUUCUCCACUGAUUUCUUAGAACAUGCCUAAGGUAAGACUUAACACAUUUUGAAAUUACACUUUAUAAACAUGGGCAGGUCAGGAUUGGGUUCAUCUGUUUGAUUAAUGUGGCUCUUAAAGCCAUGUAUCAAUGGUACAUGUUCAGAAAAGUGAGGAUGUACUGGACCUGUGAAGCUAAUUCUGCAGAUUUUGCCAGGCUUCUACAUAUGUGCUCAUCGUGGAAAGUGUAUCAUCACCCUCUGGUGAGCAUGAUGUGGAACCAGCCUUGUAGCAAAGUGGGGAUUGUCCUGGCAGUUGCACAUGAGCCCUCCCUAUGUCCCUCCCUUGCCCAUAGGUGAAAAGAAAGCCGGGAGAGAUUGGGCUGCUGUGUUGCUGAGGCAGCUAGAGCACCUUGGCAGUGUUAUGGCAAACCAGGAGUUCCUUGCUCUUCUCUAGAGCAGGAAAGGGUUUUUAACAAUUGUGCUCUUGAGACCUAUCAGCCUUUGGGAUAGAUAUAUGGUCAGUCCGCACUGGUAACUCCCCUGCUAAGAGAUAGGAAUCAGUUUUGGUCAAUUGUAUCCUCUACUGAGGGGGAAGUGCAUAAAGAGCUCCUCUCCAAUUUAGGUCUUACUGAUUUCCCAUUCCUUUUGUCCCACAUGAUCAGUUAUGUAUGUUUCGUUUUUGUUAAAAUUUGAUAUCCUCAUCCUGGUUUGUUUAUACUGUGACAGCUGCCACCAUAGUAGCUGUUCUACAAUAGUGUCUGUCUCUUAACACGUCACAAGCCCUCCUGUUUCUAAUAUGUUCACAAAGUCAUCUUAGACUUUGAGAAUCCUGCCUUGUGCUGCAACCUUCCUCUUAAGUGCUAAAUCCCUUAAGGUUCUGUGCAUCACAUCAUAAUUUGCUUUGUUUUCAAUAUUUAAGAACUUGGAAGUUAAUUGAUAAUGCAUUUUCUUCUAACUAAACUUCACAGGCAAAAGGUGAAGCUCUUCACUGCUCACAACAACAUGACCAACUAUGCCACUGUGUGGGCUUCAAAAACUAACCUGGAACAGCGGAAAGGACGAGCUGGUCGUGUCCGUCCUGGCUUCUGUUUCCACCUUUGCAGCAGAGCUCGCUUUGAACGGUAGGUGUGCACUCUGCUUCUUCUUAGAGUAAAUUCCUGAAUAAAUAGUUAACAGCUAGAAAAGCCAGAUGAACCCAACCUCAGAGACUGGGUAAUGGUUAUGAAUUUUUUCCCCCUUAGGAUGCAAAUAAAGAGGAACUGUAGCCUGUAGUUGUAAACGUACACUGUUUUACCAUUGUGCAAAUUUAUGUUAUUAGUUUAAAAUUAAGUUGCCCAUUUUGCUGUUACUACUGUGGUAGCUUCCACUAUGGCUACAUCACUUCUGCUCUCAUUCAAGGCCAAACUUUGUCUGCAUGUGAGGGGUUAACAUUUAACAUGGAAAGAUGGGAAAGGAGUAAAACCCACCACCAAUACUCAGCAGCUUCAAAAUGCUUUUCCCUCACCUGAAUCUUGGAGUGAGCUGACAGGGGGGAAAUGUAUUAGAAGCAAAAGAGAGCUGAGGUAGACGGGGGAAGGAGUUUUGCUCCCAUGCCCCUAGCACCCCGAUAGGACUGUGAAGUGGGUAUGGGUUAGCUUAAAAACCUGUCAGUGAAUGUGUGGUUAACCCAGUCACCUGGUUUGGCUCCGAGACAGGGAUGGGCCUUUUUGAAUGCCCAAGUCUCACCCCAGCAAGCAUAGCCAAAGCUUCCCCAUUCUGUCCUAAAGGUUCUGCGUCAACAACAGAUUGUCUGGUAAUCCCUUUCACAAAUCAGUAUCUCCUUACACCUCUUUAGUUUUUUCAUGUUUUGGUGGAGGGUUGUGACACUGUUAAGACAAUAAGCUCUCCGCUAUGGGUGUAAGGUGACUUAGGGAGCAGUGUUGGCCGAAGCAGAGUAGAGCUAUUGGUAGUACCAGUUGAAAUGGAACAUACCCUAAAUAUUUUUCUCUCUCUCUUCAUUUUGUCUCCAGACUUGAGACUCAUAUGACUCCAGAGAUGUUCCGAACACCGCUACAUGAAAUUGCUUUGAGCAUCAAACUGCUACGACUGGGAGGUAUUGGCCAGUUCCUGGCCAAAGCUAUAGAGCCACCUCCUUUGGACGCAGUGAUUGAAGCAGAGCACACACUCAGAGGUACUAGACUGAUACUUCCAGUCUGUAAGCAUAGAUGUGGUCUGUUUUCAAACUCUGUGUCAUACAUUUUCACACACAAGCAGCAGAUAAUUCAGUUGCUCUUUUCCUGACUCGAUGUUUAUACCUGGCUCUCAUCUUUGAAAAACUUGGUCCACAAUGCAACAGCCAGAUCAUUAACAAAACCACUGGAGUGAAUGUAUUUCCCUAGUUUGUUGUUGUUGUUGUUGUUUUAAAUACUCUCAAUUUAUUUAUGAGAAGUGCUGGUUUUAACCUACAAAGCUAGUCCAUGGUAGUCCACAACUGCUUUCUCCAACACAAUCCUGUUUGCCAAUUGAGGUUAUACAAGGCCCUUCCCUGCUUGCUCCCACUUUCAGCAUGGAUACUGGAGAAGAGGCCUCUUCUGUAGUGGAGCCUCCAAUCACUAUAGAAUGGUGGUGUAAUUUAUGUCUUUUGUGUUUGCCAUUGUGUUGUCUUGGUCAGGCCAACCAAAGUUCCAUGUAGUCCAGUAUUCUGUUUACAACAAUAGCCAGCCCUGAUGCUUUAGGGAUGCUAACAAGCAAGAUCGGAAAGCAACAGCUUUUCAUUUUGCUGCCACCUUUCUGAUUUAUCUAACAGCCUUGUACCAAGCAUUGCUCAGUAUUUCUAAGAAACCAAGAAUUCAUUGUGGCUUUGAAACUUUCGGGCUGCCAUCUUGAUUCAAAGUGGUGCCCAAUUGUAUCCAAACAGAACAAACAUCUGCUGCUUCAAUAUGGGAAUCAUCGUGAAGAACUUGAUUGUGGUAUCUUAAGAAAUGUCCAAAUGCAUAGCAAACAGCUAACUUUCCAAAAUAUAUAGUACAGUAGAUGCUUCACUAAUUGUGAGGCUGAAUGAACAGUUAAAUUAAACCCUAUCAGAUUUUGCCAGUGCAUUUUUCCUCCCUUCACAGAGCUUGAUGCCUUGGACUCCAAUGACGAACUGACACCUCUUGGGCGAAUUUUAGCUAGACUGCCCAUUGAACCUCGCCUUGGGAAGAUGAUGAUAAUGGGGUGUAUUUUCUAGUAAGUGCCAUUUAAUAGGGUUAGAAGUGUAUGUGAAUUGAUUGGGUGACUGAUUGGUCUCUAAAUGGAGUGUUGUGGGUUCUUUUGGAAAUGAAUUUAAAAAACAAUGAAUUCUGCUGUAUAUUCUGUUAAUAACAUCGUUAGAUAUCACGUUUAUUGAAGUUGAUCUCCAGCUGUUAGGCGCAAGACCAUGAGAAAAAUCAUUCCGUGGUUUCUGUUUCAGUGUGGGAGAUGCUGUAUGUACCAUCUCUGCAGCCACCUGCUUCCCUGAACCAUUCAUUAGCGAGGGAAAGAGGCUGGGUUACGUCCACAGAAAUUUUGCUGGAAAUCGGUUUUCUGAUCACGUGGCCCUCCUGUCAGUUUUCCAAGCCUGGGAUAAUGCCAGGUAAAUUUAUUUAGGACAACUAAAACUGUGAACAGCUGCAUGACCUUAUAAGGCAUCCUGCUUUAUAUAGUUAGUUCAGUAUAUGGAAAAUUACUGUGGAGCAUCUGUACAGGUUGGUUGCAAAUCAGUUUGUCUUGUCCAUUUUCCUUUUGCAGACUGGGUGGGGAAAAUGCAGAGAUACAUUUCUGUGAACACAAGAGACUCAACAUGGCUACUCUGAGAAUGACUUGGGAAGCCAAAGUGCAGUUGAAAGAUAUUCUUGUCAACUCUGGAUUCCCAGAAGGUAAUAUGCAUGAAGUAAUUUCAAGUAUAGGGAGUGUGGCACAGUAAACAAAUACAUGGCUCUGUAGACUCAUUUUUAUAUCACACGAUUUGGUCAAAGGUUAUUUAAUAAUAAAAACAUUUUAGAUACAGGGAGCCCCCUCCAUGUAUGGCAGUGGUUGUUGGCAGGGGAUGCAGUAUGUAUAGAAAGUACAGUUGUACCUUGGAUCUCAAACGCCUUGGCUCCCGAACAAAUCAGCUCCUGAAUGAUUGAAACCCGGAAGUGAGUGUUCUGGGUUUCGAACGAUUUUCAGAAGCUGACAAUUUUCGAACAGAUUCGUGGAACGCAUUCUGUUCGAGAACCAAGGUACAACCUGUACUCUAAAACUUGGUCAAAAGUAUCUUGAUUUCCCUCCAGAAAGAAAUUCCAUCAUUUUUGUCCUAGCUGUGUUCUGCAGUAAUCUUAAUCCCAUUUUUGGACAGAAUGGAUUUUAAAAUGUGAGACUUCUAGAUGUGCAGUUGCUGAAUCUUGUUGCUACAUCAGGGAGGUCCUGUCUUUGCACUAGUUUCUGCCUCCUUGUUGUAGGGAUCUGUUUAUAUUUGUAAACUCAAAACACUCAUUCUACAAAUGUAAAAUAUGUUUCAAAUGAGGAAAUCAAAUGCUUUUUUAAAGUUUUGCUUAUAAAAUGAAGUACUACUUGGAAAGCCAGUUCCUGUUCUCUUUUCCAGAGUGUUUGAUGACCCAGGUAUUUAACAACACUGGACCGGAUAACAGCCUAGACGUUGUCAUCUCUCUGCUGGCCUUUGGUUUGUAUCCCAAUGUCUGUUUCCACAAGGAGAAGAGGAAGAUUCUGACCACCGAGGGCCGCAAUGCACUUAUCCACAAGUCUUCUGUUAACUGUCCAUUUAGCAGUCAGGACAUGAAGUAUCCUUGUCCAUUUUUUGUCUUUGGAGAAAAGGUAGGCAAAUGUGAAAGAUGUGCCAGGCUACCAAGUUGCCAUGCAUGUUUGAGUACACUUUUUGAUCUUAGGCAUUGUAUGUUUGCUUUUAAUUAAAAUCCUCUGGUUGAAAUGUAAAAAUUUGCCGGUCUGGAGUCUAUAGAAGAUCUCUUGUCAUGAUUGUAACACCUUGGCUUUCAGCUAGUAGUUCAGGACCCACCACUGUGUCGUGGCCCGAUCUAAGGUGGGUUGCAGUUGCAGCACUACCACCACGUAACAAGAGGAGGGAGGAGAAGAAAUGGGUUCCCAAAAGCAUGUUUGGGUUAAAGGUGGGUCCCUGGGUUUCUGAAAAAGGAGAAGACUAUACUGAUACGCCCCUUAUUUUGGCAUAAAACAGUAUAUAAAUUAAUAAAUAAUGUGUUUAUGUGUUCUUGUUUAGAAUAAUCAGCACAAUGUUCUUAAGCUUUCGAAGCAUUAUAGGCCUAUAUCAAAGUUAGUUUUGUUGUAUUCUUGAAGUUAGAUGGCUAAAGCCAUAUAACUUCUUAGUACUUCUGUGUUGCAAAGUAUCUCGUGUCCUUAUAGCCACUGAAAAUAUAGUGCAAUAUAUACUCUGGUUUGGAGUGAAUUUUGUACAUUUCUAGAAAUGUCAGUUUGAAUAGGUGUGAUUCCAGUAUUUGAAGCUUUUAGGGCAAACAGGGAAGAAGAUAAAGGCUACUUAGAGGUGAAGGAGGACAGAAUGGCAGUUUUCUGGCAGCUAUAAAUUUUGCUCUCUGCUGAUUUCUAAUUAUUUAGGCAGUGUUGCUCAUCACUGUAACUAUGACACCUGGAAACUUUUCCUUUGUGUGCUAGGAUGCUAUCGUAAUUUCAUAUUAUGCCCCAGAUUCCAUGUGGUAUGAUCCACAAAGACAUCUGUAUGUUUCUCUAUUUACAGAUCCGGACCCGAGCCAUCUCUGCCAAAGCAAUGACCUUAGUGAGCCCUUUGCAGCUGCUUCUCUUUGGCUCUAAGAAAGUUGUAUCAGAUGGGGAGAUUAUUAUGUUGGAUGACUGGUAUGAACUUUUGAUUGGCUCUGGAUACUAAAUGCAUGGGGAACGACUGUGAGGUACAACAGCUGGUUUCAUAGCUUUAAAAGGCUGUAUAAGAAAGGAAGUGUAAGAACAUUGAAUGUAGACAGAAAUUCUUCACAGAAUUUUUAGGAUCCUGUUGAGUGUUGAUGCAUCAGAUGUGGAAGUGAGGGAAGGGAGUUUUGAACGCAUGAAAAAAAAUAUGCAGUUGAGAUGCCCAUUCCUGUCUAGAUGGCCCUAUCAAAAUUCUUGUGGGUUUGCUUUUUAAAGUUCUCAGUAUUCUUAGAGAAUUUCAGUUAACAGGCUUUACUGGGGGAAAUUAUAAUACUGAGUUGAUGUGCCUCAAACCCUAACAGCACAGCUGAUUGAACACUUUGGAUGAUUAAAUGGGAGGACAUAUGUUGGGUCGCAGGGAUGGAUACAGUAUAUUCAUUUGCUAAACUGUUUCUCUCCUGUAGGAUCAAACUGCGUAUGCCUCACAACGCAGCUGCCUGUAUCGCUGCCUUGCGUGCAGCAAUGGAAGCCCUUGUGGUGGAAGUAACUAAGAAUCCAGAAAUCAUCAGCGACCUAGACCCACUGAACAAAAACAUGCUGGAUGUAAUUUGGGAAAUCUCCAAACCAUCAGCUGCGGGCAUCAACCUCGCAGCAGGCACUAUGAGGUUAGCUCCAAGCUAUUUUAGAACUUUAGUCCAUUCGUUGUCCUACCAUCUAUUUCCCACCCCCCUCCUUUUUUCUUGGCGUUCCCUCCUCCUUUCUAUGUAGUUAGUAUUUUGUUUGAUGUGUUAGGCUUUUUUCCCUUGGUUGUAGGGCGUAAGGGAAAAUAAACUAUGGUGAAGAUAGGAGCAGGAUUAUCUUUACUCCAGAUUAGUUAAUCUAUGACUAAUGUGGUCCCUGACGGGGUGUAGCCCUCAAUAGAAAAAGGUUGCCCACCCGUCUCAAGAGUCAUAAUGAAACCUUGCCACUUGUUUAAGUUUCCUGUUUUCUUCUAACCAGAGAUUACAAAAAUCCUAAAAGGGAUGGAUCCUGCUUAUCAGAAAAUAGUUAUUACAAAAAAUGAAAUUUGGGAUAAAUGGGCAGUCUUCACAGGGAUCCAUGUUGGGAAAAUUUUUAACUCCUAAAUAGUAUGUAGAAUGAUACCAAAGUUUCAGGAUAAUAAAAUAAGAAAGGAAAUCAUGUAGGCUUCAAAGGGGAUAUAAUUAGAUAGGAUGAUAAGGCAAGAAAAUGCUACAUGAAGACUUUAGUAAGUGCAAAUAAUGCAUGGGGGGGAUGAAUUUUUGAUUGAUUGACUAUAAGUUUACCAAUAAUUACAAGCAAUUCAAUCAAAGAAAGACAGAUUAUGAAGAGCGAGCAAACAGUUGAGGAAGACAUAUUUAACAUAUUCUGGAUGGGGUUGCACUUCCCCUUAAGCUUGCGCUUGGAAAUAAGGUCUGAUCCAGGACUGCUAUGAAUACCCAAGCUACAUUAGUAGCUUUCUGUGCCUUUCACCAGCUUUGGCUGGUGAUGCAGCUGUAACCCCUUCAUGGGGAAAGAUGAUCUGGCCCCCGUUAUUUGUUUUAGAAACAUUCUUAUGGCAAUCAGAUCAUUUCCUGGCCUAGUUCAAGGUGUUGGUUUUGAUCUUUAAAUCCCUUAAUAGCCCGAGACCUUGGUAUCUAAUCCACAUGAGCCUGAGUAGCUUAGUAUUAUUUUUGAAGGACAUGUGAGGACCCCCCCCCCCAACCUUAAGUUACGUGGGUGGUUACCAAAUAGGUCUUUGGAAUGGUGGCACAUAAAUUAUGGAAUUCCUUAAGAAUGUGCACUUAUUAUCAUCAUCAUUGAUAACUUUCAGAUGCUAGAUUCUCUUGCUCUCUUUAUUGCAUAGCUGUCAACUUUUCCCUUUUCUUGCAAGGAAUCCUAUUUGGAAUGAGGGAAUUUCCCUUUAAAAAAAGGGAAACGUUGACAGCUAUGUUAUUGUGGUACUUUAUUAUUUAUUAAUAUGUGGUUUUAUUAAGGUGGUUGUUAAGCCACCAUAGGAUGACCAAGGUGUACAGCCAUCCUGAAAUGAAUUAAAAAAUCCCCAAGAAGAUACUUCUGAAUUAAAACAAGGGUUAAUAAGAAGCGUGUGUAAAAAGUAAAAGCGUUAAGAAUGAAAGAGAAAAAUAAGACAGCAAUGUCAUUAUUCCAUUAAGUUCACAUUUAGAACACGGUUGCAGCUGGACAAGUUACAAAAAGAACGGCAAGAUAUUAGGAAAGACUUAAAUCAUUGAGGCUUCUUAGGGAAUAUAAUGGAGGGGGAGAAGAAUGUAAAAUCCUAAGUAGUUUGAGGGAAAAUGUAAUCCUUAAUGUUUCAUUUUGAAACCUAGCAUUAAAUACUUGAAAUGUGGAAAAGAAAUUACCUGUUAUCAAUGUGAGAUGGGUUUCCUAGUGUGAGCACCAUAAUCCUGCUUAGGACUGCAUUUUUACAGUCAAAAAUAACAGCUCUUAUUUUUGUUUCCCAGGUAUGGGGAUGGACCUCGCCCCCCCAAAAUGGCUCGAUAUGACAAUGGAGGUGGCUACAGAGGUGGCAGUGGUUACAGAGGUGGUGGUGGCGGCUACAGGGGUGGAUAUGGAAGUGGUUAUGGAAGCACUUUCCCUGGUGGUUCUGGGGGAAGGGGAUAUUCCAGUGGUGCUGGAGGAGGUGGCUUUCGAGGUGGUGGAGGCUUUCAAGGAUACCAAAGUGGAGGAAACCGAGGGGGUGGGUUUAGAGGCAGGUGGGGGUGGUAGGGGUGGAACAAUAGUACCACCCAAAAAUAAUGAUGCAUGAUCUUGUUUUUCCCCAUGUUUCUUUGCUUGUAAUGCAGAAGUGUUUCUAGUCCUAGAGUUCACAAAGGAUUGAAACUUUAAUUUGAUAUAAUAAAUAAUCAUAUUGCUAUGAUACUCUUUCAUGAUGUGUUCAUUUUGAUCUUAAUAAAACAAGUUACUUGUUUUU